AUUGAAUUUGUGGUCACGCUGGAUUCGAUACAACACUAGCAGCGGACGACAGACUCUGUUCUUUUUCUGCGGAAAAAAUCAUAUUUUAAUUGCAGAAUUAAGCGGCAAUACAGGGAAAAUAUUCGGUUUGUGAUUACAAAUAUACCAAUUGUAACGCGUUCAGACUGUUUUCAUGCAAUACAAACACAAUGCAGAAGUAGAGAGCAGAACAACAACGAGCAAAUGAAACGAAAAAGUGGAUUAAAAGUGCGCUAAAAAAAAGUGAAAUCAAGUAGUGCUUCAAAAAGUCAAUUUUCUAUAAAUCAAAACGUGUAUUCAACAAAAAAAAAAACAAAAAACCCGACAGUGCAAUUACUUUAUGUGACGAAUUGUAAGAAAAAGUAAAAAAUACGAAAAACGUCGAGAAUGGGAACGAAAGUGCAACAAAACGACGACGGUGCAGCCGCCAACGCUGUCGCAGCGCCAGCGGCAGAAGCGGCCGCCACCCACAGCAACGCCAACGUCAACGCCACAACAACAGCAACAGCAAUAGCGACAGCAACAACGACAACAACAACAGAGGCAGAGACAACAGAAAGAGCAACAACACCAACGCAAAAAACGAAGCUACAGCUGGAAUCGAAUCCGCUGCCCACACAUGCCACAACAACCACAACGAUGGUUGCAGCCACGUCCAUUGCUCCAGCGCCGACGCCAGCGCCGCAAGUGCUAAUCAUUCCUGCCGCCCAGGCUUCCACAAUGGCCACAAAUGCCGCCAAAAAGAUACGGCGCGCCUUCUCCAUGCCACGCAAUCCGUUUCGCUGGUCUCGAAAAUUCAAGACAGUCGGCACGGCAACGACUGCGGCGGCUCCUGGCGACAUCAACGGCAGCACAGCCAUUUCGUCUUGUGUGAGCGGCGGUCGAGGCCGCAGCGGCAGCAUUGUGUCGCUGAACAGCUACAAGGCGUCGUCUGACAAGGACACAAUUGGCCUCCAUAAUAGGGCGGCAACAAUCGCAGUCACCACCACGAACACGAACAGCAACAACGGCAACAACAACAAUGUAAACGGCAAACGUUCGACCGGCCAAAAUGCACGUGUGAUGCGCCGUUCGUCCUUCAGGAAAUUUAUCAAUCGCAUUGCGCAGCAUUUGAGCGCAACGGUGAAUGUUGGCUCGCCAGAGAACAACACUGCGCAUCGGCCAACUUUCAUUGAGAUUGUGCCAUUCUACACCGGAUGCUGGCGUCGAAAAGAGGCGAACAAACAUGGCCAAACGGGCAUGGGAAAUGGCAAUGGCAUGGAGCGUGUGCCACCCAUUGGGGGCUAUCAAUGGCCGGCCGAUCAGACGCCCGGCGUUAUGGGACUAAAGAAUCAUGGCAACACCUGCUUCAUGAAUGCGGUGUUGCAGUGUCUCAGCCACACGGACAUACUCGCCGAAUACUUUGUGCUCGAUCAGUAUAAGGCGGAUCUGAAGCGUCGCAAUAAAAUCAAUUCACGCAAAUUUGGCACCAAAGGCGAACUAACCGAACAGCUGGCCAAUGUCCUCAAGGCGCUGUGGACCUGUCGCAACGAGAGCGAUCACAGCACCAGCUUCAAGGCCGUUGUCGAUCGCUAUGGCACACAGUUUCGCAGUUCCACGCAACACGAUGCCCAGGAGUUUCUCUUCUGGCUGCUCGACAAGGUGCACGAGGAUCUGAACACGGCAAGCAAACGACGCUACAAGAGCAUUAAGAACUCAUAUGGACGCUCCGAUGAGAUUAUUGCCGCCGAGACGCUGGCGAAUCACAUACGCUGCAAUAAUAGCUUUGUUCAGGCCGUGUUCCAGGCGCAAUUCCGCUCCUCGUUGACCUGCCCACGCUGCCAGAAGCAGUCCAACACCUUCGAUCCGUUCCACUGCAUUUCGGUGCAACUGCCGCAGGUCACCCAGUUGACCAUCUUUGUGACCGUUGUCUACAUGAAGCAGCAGCCACGUCAGGUCAAGAUGGGUCUGCGUGUGCCAGCCGGUUCGCCAAUUGUCGCAUUGCGCGAACAACUGCAGGACACUGGCAUUCCUGCCUCACGAAUGGUGCUGGUUGAUUUGAAUGCCGAGGGGUUUACGCGAGUCUUCUACGACACGCAGCCCGUGGAGACGCUGAGCAGCGUGGAGAACAUCUACUGCAUUGAAGUGCCCGAAGUGAGCCCAACGCCAACGCCAAAAGUCGCCUCCAUUGAGGCAACCACAGCGACUGCCGCUGAGAAGCCCGCUGUGGCUACCGCGGCGUUAACAACAACAACAGCAGCAGCACCACAUUCCGCAGAUCUGUUAUUACUGGUGGCCAAUGUCCACAGGAAGCCUGCGGGCGAGGGCGAUGCUAGCGCCGUGUGCACACGUUUUGGAGCACCAUUUAGCAUGAAGGCGCCACGCGAUUGCAGCUACCAGGAUCUGCAGAAGCGUAUGCUGCGAGAAAUGUCCGCAUUGCUGAAGCCAGAAGUAUUUUCAUAUGCCACACCGUUGACCGAUAUGUUCAAGAUACGGUUGCAAGAUCCCUCAGCCGAUCCAGACACAUAUCUGGAGCAAGUGGAGCAUCCGCUGCUCACCGAAAUGAUUGAUAUGGCGCUGUCGGUUCUCUCCUCGGAGGCGGGGCCAACGCACAUCAAGCUGCUGCUGGAGUGGAGCACACCCGAGACGCAUUUCGUCAACGUGGAGUCCGAUGUGGACGCCAUUGUGGAGCACGAGAGCGUGGCACGUCUGAGCGCCAGCAAACCCAAAGAUACCGCUGCAUUAACGCUGGAACAAUGUCUGGAACAUUAUACGAAAGCGGAGACGCUCAGUGCCGAGGAUGCCUGGCGUUGUCCGCAUUGCCAGCAGUAUUUGCCCGUGGUGAAGACGCUAGGUCUGUGGUCAUUGCCAGACAUUCUGGUGGUGCACUUCAAGCGUUUCCGCCAGCAUCAGGCCAAGGGACCGCAAGCGGCCAAACUGACCACGAUGGUCAAGUUUCCACUAACCGCAUUUGAUAUGUCGCCGCAUUUGGCGAAAGGAGUGCGUGAGAGCAACGGCUCCCUGGGUCAUGGCAUCGAGCAGCACCAGUCAAACAAAAAGUCACGCUCCGGCGACUCACGUUCCUCCACACUUAACUCACGCGCAGAGCCAAAGGAUACGCGCUACGAUCUGUAUGCCGUGUGCUACCAUCAGGGCGAUACCUUGGAGACGGGUCACUAUACGGCUGCCUGCAAGAAUCCCUACGAUCGCCAGUGGUACAAGUUUGAUGAUCAACGUGUAAGCAAGGUGCCCGAGGAUGACAUCGAGCAGGACAUCAUCAACAACGAGGCUUACAUGCUCUUCUAUCAGCGACGCAGCGUGGAUGCCUCUGCCGAGUGUUCCGGCUCCAGUUCAAACUCGGGUGAUCAUUGGGUAUCGCGCAUUGCGCCGCCCACAACAACAACGCCAGCAAACGGCGGCAGCAAAGACAUCAGCAGCGUUGCCACGACCACUGAAACUCCUGAACCUAUUGCUGCAGUUGCCGAGAAGGCAACAUCGAAGCCUGUGGCUAUUCCCAUACCCAAAGUCGCUUGUGAAAUCGACGAGGAAGCUGCUGCUCCACAAGAAGCCAAAGCAAGUCCAGCGGAAUUGCCGCCGAAGGAAGUGGUUAAUAUCGAGGAAUUGGCAUUUGCCGAUGACCCCGAACCGGAGCCACCAAAGGUGGCAGAAACUAGCGUUGUUGCUCACAUUGAGCCUGUUUCUGCUCCAUUGCCAAGAACUCCGACGCCACCGCCUGUUGCUGCCAAGCCAGAAACUACGGCAGACGCUGAUGCCACACAAAUGUUUGCUAUGGACGAGGAUUGCACCGAGAAGCAGCCUCAGCCGGCAGUAGUUAGCGAACCUGCUGUAACUUCAGCUGUUGUAGAGCCCAUUAAGGAGACCAUUACGCCGGCUGAGCCGAAGACUAAUGGUCACGCUGCUGCCAGUUCGGGCACAUCUUCAGCGUCCAGUUCGGCCUCGUCGGUUAGCUCACUGUCGUCAUGCUCCUCGCCGCGCUCGCUUAGCAAAUCGGUGACGGCAGCCUCGACGCUGCAGAACAAGUUCAAUGGCCACAUGAAUGCUGCCUCGGCGGCAGCUGCUCUGCUAAAUGGCAAUGCUGCGCCGCAGUUGUCUUCCAGCCUGCAACUGUCGAGGCAUGCGUUGCACAACCAUUGCAGUCACAAUUGGCACGGCUCGCGCAGCAGCGUUUCUGCCGUGGAGAGCGUAACGCAGCAGCAACAACAGCAGGCAGCGGCAGCUAACCUCAGUCUGAGGCACUCAUUUUCCACCAGCUCCAAUUAUAAGUUGCGCGAAUGCAGCGAGACGUUGUCAUCGUUGCUGCGCAACUCAGCCAACACUUGCAGCAAGGAUACGCUGCUAUUCAUCGAUCAGCAGAAUCAUCACCACACAUCCGGUCUAAUUGAGGACGACGAUGACACGUACAUGGGUCGCUCCCUUUGGAUUUCUCCUGUGACACCACACAAGCUAAUUACCGUAUCGCCCAAGAAUUAGUGGCGAUAGCAGAGUGACGAUUGACGAGUUGGAUUCAUGCGGGACAUAAUUAAACCCGGCAACAUACAAACGCACUAUAGUUAUAAGUCUAAAGAUUACUUUAUAUAUAUUGAAUACUUCUAUAUAACAAAAAACGAUCGAUGCAAUUGCAUAUUCAUACUUUACGAAAAAUGAUGUUAUACAUGAAACGCGAUACACAUACACAUAUAUACACGUAUAUAUAUAUACUUUUAGUUGAUCUAAGAUAGUUGCAAUAUUGCAUCGUUAAGUUCAAAAGUUGAGAAGCUUUUCAAAAAUUCGAAUUAAGUUAAUUUAUUGAUUGCAAAAUCAGAAAAUUGAAGACGUUCGACUCAACGCUGAAUGAGAAUUCUUUUAACAAAUUGACAUUGCAUUAUUUAUAUAAUUAUUUAUUUAGCGAAAUAUGAAAGUACAAUAUGAUUUGAGCAACAUUUCUUUUCAUGCAACACAAACGCAAUAACUUUAGUUUUAUUAUUAUUUUUUUUGUCGAAGAAGUGCAUGGCAUAUAAGAAGUACACUUUAGUUUGUAUACGAAACCAAGUUUCAAACUACGUCUAUAAAUCGAUACAUACUCUGUUGUGUAUAAAAGGAAAUAUAUCUAUAUAUUUCAAUAAUUCAAUUACUAUGUAUAAUUAUGUUUAUGAUGAGAGUAUUUGUAAUUUAAUAAUUGCAAAAUAUUUACAAAAAGAAAAACACAAACACCACUCACACACUCAUGCAAAAUGGCCAAUUGCACAUUUAAUUGUUCGUCGUAUGUGUAUGUUGGAGCUAUACAUUUUGUAUUUGUAUGUGUAGAAAAGCAGUAAACCAAACCAUUAUAUUGAUAACAAAUGUUUAAAGACUUUAAAACAUUGUUUUUGCAUAAUGUACACUUUAUUAAAUAUACAUCAUAUACGUAUACAUAUAUAUACACAUGAUUAAACUAUUGUAUGUUAAGAGCAAGUUUAUUAAUUUAUGAAUUGUGUACUGUACAUUGUAUUCAUGAAUAAACGUGAAAUUGUUGGA